GGGAUCAUCAGUAAUCAGUUCCGCCGUCGCAAUGGAAUCAAACAAGUACGAUGCGGAUCGCUGCAUCAAAAUUGCAAUCGAAGCGCUGAGGGACAGUCAGCCCGACAAAGCUAGACGUUUUCUCGAAAAGGCACAGAGACUGUUUUCCACCGACAUGGCGAAAGAUUUAUUAGAGUCUAUUUCUAAGAAUGGAGGACCUUCCACAAGUGAAGAUCACAAUGGCGAAAAUGAUGCUGCAGGUUUACGAAACAGAGGGCACAACACCAAAAACCACUCCUCUGGACACGGUGCCACAGAAUCAUCCAAAACCUACACAGCAGAACAGCUAGAUGCUGUCAAAAGAAUAAAGAGGUGUAAGGACUAUUAUGAGAUUCUUGGUGUCACUAAAGAAGCCUCGGAGGAUGAUUUAAAAAAAGCCUAUAGAAAGUUGGCUCUGAAGUUCCAUCCAGAUAAAAACCAUGCGCCUGGUGCCACUGAAGCAUUUAAAGGUAUAGGUAAUGCUUACGCAGUUCUUAGUAACCCUGAAAAAAGGAAGCAGUAUGAAGUUUAUGGUGAAGAAAAAGCCCACCCAUCUCAGCAUAGGACCUAUCACAGAAAUUUUGAGGCAGAUAUUUCCCCCGAGGACCUCUUCAAUAUGUUCUUUGGAGGUGGAUUUCCAGCCAGUAAUGUGCAUGUGUACAGCAAUGGCAGGAUGAGGUUCAACCAUCACCACCGAAAUGAACGACAAGAACAGCCGAGAGAAGGUGGCCUUGCCUUGUUUGUACAGCUGAUGCCCAUACUUUUUCUCAUCAUUGUCUCAGCUCUUAGCCAGAUGAUGGUCUCGAACCCCACCUACAGCCUCAGCCACAGAGCAUCCACAGGCCACACAAACAGGCGACACACGGCCACUCUGAAGGUGCCUUACUAUGUGGGUGACCAAUUCUCUGUGGAAUAUACAGGAAUGAAUCUCAAGAAUGUUGAACAAAGUGUGGAGGAUGACUACAUAUCAAAUCUGAGAAACAACUGCUGGAAGGAGAAACAACAAAAGGAAGUGUUGUUGUAUCGGGCACGUUAUUUUGGAGAUUCAGAAUUGUACCAAAGGGCGCAGGAAAUGGCAACACCCAGUUGCUCAAAGCUUUCAGAUGUACAGGUUCUACUACAUGGACACUGAGUAGCAGAAAAUAGUGUCCUGUUUUGGUGUCAUUCAAAAACGAUUGUCUUCAGAAAUGUUCUGCUCUCUCUGCUAAAAUGGGGCAUUGUACUGCAUCAGCUAAAGAGAAGCAAAGAUAGCCCAUCCUGGUGCCACAGGGAUUCACUCUCAUCUUUCCUUCAAAAUUGCCAGUUGCAACUCUUAAAAUGUAACCUGAGAAAUGGUCAAAAUUAAAAUGUAUUAAGUGAAUAAAAAAAUUAAUAAUUGUAUGCUUUAGUGGUAGAGAGGAACGUAAACAGCUGUCAAAGGAUGAUCAAUGCUGCUAGUUUAUUGCUUAUUAUUGUUACUUACCUCUUUCCUUCUCAAAGCAUUUUUUAACACCCGUGUUUGGGUUUUUUGAGACGUUCCAAGAUUUUAGUAGUUAUUAUCUGACCAAAGGAAAUUAAAUGAUUACCCUGGUUUCAUUUAGCAUUUAGUGAAUUAUUCUGUGUGGUUGUGCCAGUUGGAUUUUUUUAAAAGAAUGUUUGAGAUUUAUGCAAAUGAGAAAUUAAUAUUUGUAUUUAUUUAAUUGUAUCAAGAUAGGUUUUCAUUUAAUAUAUUUGUCCAGAUGGAAUAGGAUAUUAAUUUUAACUAAUUUGUCUUGUAAAGUGUAGAUUGAGGGUUCUAAAGCAUAUUCAAGUGCCUUGCCAGCUCCGGUCUUGCUGUAUACUGUAACUCUCUGCAUAUAUGUAAUAUAGAAAGGUAUAAAACAUAAGUGCUUAGCCUGAGUGUGUGCUGAGAACAAUUAGCAACUAAACUCAUUGUGAUUUAUUUAAAAAAAAUUCACAUUCCUUUUUCUUGCUUUUUUUUUUUUUUUUUUUUAAACCUGUAAUGUACAC